UAGGAGGAAUAAAGUUCUUUAGAUAUGCUACAUACAGGCAAAAAGGGAUAAGGUUCCCUUGAAUAUAGUGUGGGUUGUAUGUUUUAAUAUGUGGCAUAAAUGAAUGAAUGAUAGGGACACAGCCAGCCAUGGCCCUGUUAAGUAGAAAGAAAGAAUCUGUUUGAUACAUGAAUUGAAUUGAGUUGAAAACCAUGUUUCCUUUAGUGUACCCUUCACCACAAUUCUUGUCUUAAAUUGAGCUAUUUUCUUGUUUUAUAAUUUAUAGGACUUGUCAAGAUGACGUCAUGGGUUUAAACUUUCGACGCCUUCAGGUCACCUGUCAGCCAUGUUUCGCUUAAUAUGAUUUAUCUGUCUGACCUAGUUUGUUGGAUAUUAGGUCUAUCCAAUAAGUGUUUCGGGUAAUGAUGACGAGUUCUCACCUCAUUAAAAAUAAAUAAAUAAAAUUGAGAUGGGUAGGACUUUUUAAUUUUGUUUGCCAGUGGAAUCGAAUGGGGAUUUAUUCUGUUCUAGAAGGAGAGAGAGUAUUGACGUUUCCCAUAGUCAAAUUGCCCAAUAUUACAAAUAAAUUAAUACUUAGGAAUUUGUAUCAUCAUUCCCUCCCUCUCUUUCAUCUUCAUCUUCAUCUUCAUUUCUUCUCUAUAUAAAGCUUGGUCUUGAUCUUAGGUUUUAGUCCCUUUCUUACAUGCGCUUUAAUCAGUAUACCAGUUCUUGUAUGCACACAUAUACAUAGUUAUCUACUUAAUCGAUGGCUUCAAGGAGAAUCCUAAAGGAACUAAGAGAAUUGCAAAGAGACCCUCCAACAUCAUGCAGUGCAGGCCCGGUGGGUUCAGCCGACAUGUUCCAUUGGCAGGCAACCAUAAUCGGGCCAAACGAAAGCCCCUACGCCGGCGGAGUCUUUCAAGUCACCAUCCAUUUCCCCACCGACUACCCUUUUAAGCCUCCCAAGGCAGCCUUUCGGACCAAAGUGUUCCAUCCUAACAUUAACAACAACGGCAACAUCUGCUUGGACAUCCUCAAGGACCAGUGGAGCCCUGCCCUCACCAUCUCCAAAGUUCUACUGUCGAUAUGUUCUCUGCUGACAGACCCCAACCCAGACGACCCUCUUGUUCCGGACAUUGCUCACCUGUACAAAGCCGAUAGAUCUAAAUACGAGUCCAUGGCGCGCACCUGGACUCAUAAGUAUGCCAUGUGCUGACUGUGCCAAUUAUUUGUUUCGCAAUAGCCAGCCCCCAAUUUGUUGCCUGUAAUAAUGUGCUGGAACCACCAUGGAUCCUAGUUUCUUUUUCAGAAAAUUUCGAUCACAAAUGUCCUGUACUUCUUUCUCUGGAUGAAUCAAUCAGUGUUUCUUCUUUC